AUGAACCCAGUUGUCACGCAGCCAGGAUACGGUGCGGGAGGUUCCACGGUCAGUGACUGGCAAACUGGCACCUUUGACUGCUGCAACGACAUGGGGAUCUGCCUCUGCGGGACGUUCUUCCCGCUGUGCCUUUCGUGCCAGAUUGCCUCGGACAUGGACGAAUGCUGCCUGUGCGGAGCGUCUGUGGCCAUGAGGACCCUGUACCGAACGCGGUACGGCAUCCCGGGAUCCAUUUGCAAUGAUUUCUUGGUGCUGAUGUGCUUCCCUACUUGUGCCCUUUGCCAACUCAAGAGAGACAUUGAAAAAAGAAAACAUAUGAAUGCUUUUUAA